AUGCAGUCCAAACUAAUAUUCUGCUGUCUAAGUUCACAGGAGGCUGUCGUUUUCAAGUUCACAAACUUCGUCUGUGAGAGCUACAACAAAUCCUGGGUAGUGUUCCACAACUGUCGUCUGAAGGCCGUCAGUCGCAGCAGAGUGCUCCUCAACAUGAAUGAGACGUUAUUGCAUCCGACCACCGAUAUGACCUGUCACAUUCAAAUGUUUAAGAGAGCAAAUGGAUACAAGCCCUGGCUGAUCGACAUUAACAUUGAUGUCUGUCAGUAUUUUCGAAGGCGUAAUAUACCCUUUUUUUCUAUAUUCCUUAGUUUCUUUAAGGAGUUUACCAACUUCAAUCACACUUGCCCCUACGUGGGCACACUGGUUGUCAAAGAUGUGUAUCUAAGACCCGAGCUACUGCGUCUUCCCAUGCCAACGGGGGACUAUCUGAUCGCCUCGCACUGGUAUCACUUUAAGCAACAUCAAACAGAUAUUAACGUAAGUUUUAGUUACGUUGAGGAUCUCCUGAAGAGCUGGUAG